AUGGGUGACAGCAACCAGGCCACUACUCCCGGCCUCGACCGCGCCGCCAACGCCCCCGAUGCCGCUGCUCUGGACAAGGGCAAGGGCCGGGCUACCGAGCCUACCCACGACGAAAACCUAGAGGAGGAGGAUAGCGAUGAGAGCGAGAACGAGGAGAUGGCUGAAGACGAUAAUGAUGAUGACGGCGAUAACCUCGAGCCCAUAUCUGAAGACAACAUCAUCUCGGGUGGCCGUCGUACUCGCGGCAAGAUCGUUGAUUAUCAGGCGGCAGCUGAGAAGCUAAAGGCCGAUAACAUGAUGGACGACGACGAGGAGGAAGACGAUGAGGAUUAUGAGGGUGGAGAAGAUGAUGAGGAUACCGCCAUGCGCGGCUGA